AUGCAUUUGACUACUAUUCGUCUUUUCAUCAUCUUAGGUAUUGCUCUGGCAGUAUGCGAGGCUGGCUAUGUUAUAUGUCGUCAAAGAGUUCCUAUAUUUACGUGCGCAAAGAUGAGCUGCCCUGACGUUGGAUGGGCUAUCACCAGCGAGCACUAUCCAAGUGAUUGCUUUAAAACCGAGAACGUUUUGGGUAAAAAACAAAAAUGGUAUAAAAUCGAAUUACCCAAUGGCAAUCAUGGCUAUGUAACCAAUGACCACUGCUCGGGCAAUGGCAAUAUUCAACAAUGUUAA